AUGGCCGUGCUUCGCUUCGCUCUCCUUGUUGCCCUUGUGGGUUUGUGUUACGCUGGAGGAAAACGGCGCUACGAUGGAUACAAGGUCCUUCGUGUUAUUCCAAAUGACAUCAUGGAGUUACAAUCUCUGAGGAGCUUACGGGAAACAUUUCCCGGUGAGUUGGAUUUUUGGAGCGAGCCCAAGCAGCCAGGCCACCCUGUGGAUGUUAUGGUUGGUCCAGGUGAUCUGAGUGUAGUUCGAAACAUUCUGGAGGACAAGGGUCUGACAUUCUCUACAAUGAUAGAAGAUGUCCAACGGAAUGACGAUGAAGCACAGAUAGAACCAAUUGAGCAGGGUAUCUCAUCUAAAUUCAGAUAUGAUAUAUUUCAUGAUUACAACGAGAUCGAACAAUGGAUAGACGACAUGGCUGCUGAGUUUAGUUCAAUCAUGUCUGUGGAUAAACUUGGACAUCAGUCAUACAAGGGUCAUGACAUUAAACUCUUGAAGAUUGGGAAGCCAGGCUCUAAUAAACCUAUCUUCUGGUGGCAAAGCGGAACUCAUCCACGCGAGUGGCUUUCAUCAGCGACAACAAUUAAAAUUGUCUACAAGCUUGCGAGUGACUACCAGAAAGGUGAUCCUGAAGUAAUUAAGCUCCUAGAUAGUGUAGACAUCUACAUCAUGCCAAUCUUCAACCCUGAUGGUUAUAUACAAACUCGAAAUACAGAUCGGUUGUGGAGGAAAAACAUGCGCCCAUCUGAUCGUCAAUCUUGGUGUACGGGAGCAGAUCUCAACAGAAACUUUGAUGAACACUGGUCAGAGUCAGGAACUAGCGUCAAUCCGUGCAGCGAGAUCUAUCAUGGUGAUAGUGCUGGGUCUGAGAUUGAAAUACAAGCUUUAACAGCCUACCUAUCCACUCUAACUAACAUGAAGGUGUAUAUUGAUAUGCAUGCCUACAGUCAGUACUGGAUGAUCCCCUACGGAUACACUGAAGCUCCGCCCCCAAACUAUAAUGAGCAGCUUAAACUAGCCGACAAGGCAAUGGCUGCCCUCAAAGGUGUAUCAGGAAAACAUUUUGAGACAGGGAGCAUCGCAAACGUAAUUUAUAGGGCAUCAGGUUCUUCUAUUGACUGGGUCUAUAAUAAUCUAGGAACUCAAUAUUGUUUUGCCCCGGAGCUAAGAGACAAAGGUGUGUACGGAUUCCUUGCACCAUCAUCUGAAAUCAAUCCCAGUGCUAAUGAGGUAUAUGCAGCCAUUAAGGUCAUAGGAAACGAAAUCAUACCCUAACCACCCACACCCUUCCCCGAACUAUAAACUUCGAUUUCAAAAUCGUUGAUAACGAGCAUAGUAAUUAAUUAGGAAAUUAAUCAAGGGAAACUUUAACCACUGCUGUUUCUUAAUGUCUGAAAAUCAUAAUUUCUUCAAACCAUCAGCUAUAAUUUGAAAAGCUUCAAAUUUGAAAAGCACACAAAAAGUGGAAAUUUUGAUGAACAGACAAAAUUUGUAUCCAGGCCUCACUGCGACUAAGACAAUGACCAUAGGAUCACACUGAACCAUAUGCGAUAAAUCACUUGACCUUAAUGACAAUGCCCAACAAGAUCCAAAAAUAAGGGAGCUCUUUGUGCGCAUUUUGAAUUUCAGAAAUGUGACGACGUCAUUUUUGUCCAUUCUUGGGAACUUUAGCUUCGUCCUUAAGGUCUAUAAGGAAGAUGGAAGAAAUUACACAGUUCACUCAUUCUUGACAUGAUAUACUUUUAUUAUUAAAGAAACAGCUCUAUCAUUUAAAGUAAAUAAAUUUCGCUGGGUUUGAUUCACGUCGGAAACACAGUCUGAAAAUGAAUAAAAGUAAAACAGAUAUUUAAACUGACCUUUCUUUGUGAUGCAAGAUGCAAGAUUAAACAAACCUGUUAAUACAAUAACAGAAUGUCUUCUUUCAAUGAUGCAAAAAUAAUAAUAAAAAUACCAGUAUU